CCCAUUUUUCGAACAAGUGAGCCUGAACUUCCUAACCCCUUAAUGGGCUGUGUUUAAUAACUUCUUAAGAGUACGGUAUGGGAAGGGGGGAAAAGGAGUAACUUUGUAAUGAAGAAACGUGGCAGACACUACCAAAAGAGAUCAAGUUCUGACAACGUGAGGAGUAAGUCACUGAGAGGAUGUAGCCUUAAUAUGAUGUGAUGAGAAUCGCACUUUGGGAGUCUAGAUAUAGAGGAUGUUUGAUUAUAAAGACAUUCUGGAGCCAUCUGAGAAUCUCAGGCAUAACUGCUCAGCAGAUCUUACAGUCCUUGCAUUGAGAUCCUUCUCCAGGUUGACUAGAAAGAAACCACUUUGUGUGUGCAUACUGAUAGAGGAAGGAUGAACUGUGGUGUAUUGUUGAAGUUAUUCUUUCCAUAUAUAACUCCCACACUAUGCUAUACAUAGCAUAGUUCUUGUGCACAAUGGGCAUUCCGUAAAUAAUAUACACAGAGGAUACCCCAACUGGCUCUGUGGAAACAUGUAUAAAAGAUACCUCACCCUUCUGCAAGGUCUGAGAAAGGGAAACACUGAAUUUGAUUAGGAAAAUAAGGCUAUUGCUACUAGAAUUUUUUGACAUUUGUGAAGAAUCAGACUGGAGGGGUAUUGUUUUGAACUAUGAAUUAGCAAAUGAAUUUGAGUCUGCUCUGUUGUGAAAGUUGAUAAUACUUAACCCGACUGGAUUGUCCCUGGCAGAAUAUUUCCUGGAAGACUGCAUUCAGAUGACCCACUUUGUUCCUCCACCAAAAGACAAGAAGAAGAAGGAUAAGGAUGAUGAUGGUGGUGAGGAUGAUGAUGCAAAUUGCAACUUGAUCUGUGGUGAUGAAUAUGGUCCAGAAACAAGGUUGAGCAUGUCUCAAUUGAAUGAAAAGGAAACUCCUUUUGAACUAAUUGAAUCUCUGCUUAAGUACAUUGAAACCCUUAAUGUUCCUGGAGCUGUGUUGGUGUUUUUGCCUGGCUGGAAUUUGAUUUAUACUAUGCAGAAGCAUUUGGAAAUGAAUCCACAUUUUGGAAGCCAUCGGUAUCAGAUUUUACCACUGCAUUCUCAGAUUCCUCGAGAGGAACAGCGCAAAGUGUUUGAUCCAGUACCAGUUGGAGUAACCAAGGUAAGUAUUAAACUUUACAGUGGCGGGAUUGGAAGUGAUGUAGUUAUUAAACAAAUGUUACAGGCCUUAAAAGAGCUCCCCAAAAAGUUGUAAGCCAAAGUGAGGAAUAAUAAAGUCUUCACU